AUGUCCCGCCCCAGCAGCAGUCGACAGAAGCUGAAGCUCUACCAAUACACGACUGUCCAGCCAUACGGCCAGCCCCAAUACGAGAACCCUCCAAAACUACAGGUCCGUCCGGGAGGUCUUCGGAACUUCAAUCCACAGACCUAUGUCCCCCCUAGAAAACAGGCCCAAAUUGAGGUUAUCGAGCUCCUAUCCGGGGGCCCCAGAGGCGGCGCUCAGGUACUUCUUUCCAAAAUCGUCCACGCACCCGCUGAAUACAGGUCGUCCCAUGCCCCAUUCCCAGGCAGUCCGCGCAAGAAGAACUCGGGACAAGCGCCAAGUUUGGUCGUCGCCAAGGUCUUUGACCCAUUGUUCUUCGAAGGGAAUAAUGAAUAUAUCUGCGCGUUGUUCGGCAACGAUGUGUUCGCGGAGCAGCUCUUGAGUCGCGAGUCUGGAGCAUACGAGUACAUCUACGAGAAAGGCAAGCCUAAAGGCCCUACACCUCAUUCCAAGCGGAAGGGCAAGCGAUGGGAAAACGACAACAGCAUGACUGGCCAUCCCCACCUCACCCCGCAGUACUACGGAACAUGGGCAGUCAAGAUCGAGCGCGGCGACCACAAAUACGAUUGUGCCGGCUUGGUUUUGAUGGAUUUCACCGACUCGCAUGGACAAGUCCAGAGAAAGAAGGCAGAAUUGACCGAGCCUUUCCGGUUGAAUGUCUUCCGUCAGAUCAUCCACGAGCUGGUGGUCCGCAUCCACAUUGGUUUCGAACACGAAGACUUCGACCCCGAGAACAUCUUCCUCACGUUUCGCGACCACGGUGCGGUCGAUGACCUACGCGAGCUCCACGAGCCGCGGCCUGUCUUGCUUGAUCUGAACCUUAGCCAAGUCUUUUGCAAGACCAAGGAUGCAAACGAGCCUGAUGGACCGCAACACCGUCUCGAGUGGCUUCCCUUACCCCCCCACCCCUUGGAAAUUACUUCCCGCAAUGCCAUGGGGCUUUUCAUCGGCUGGUUUGACCCCGAUUGGUCGACCAAGAGGUUUGAUGAGUGGUUGGUGCAAGAGUUUGGUCCUUUGGAGGAGGGCUCGGCGGAGGGCUCGACUGGGAAGUACUCUACGUUUGCCACUCUGGAUGCAAUCGAGGCCGGAAAGGACGAGAUGAUGGAAGAGGACCUACUCGCGGACACUGCGCAAAUGGUUGAUACCGAAGAAGCGCGCGCUCUCGCGUUGGAGCCUCUUGUGGCGAGCACGCAAGGCCUUACGCUGGAGGACUCCCCGGCAAAGACGACAUCGCCGCGCCCGAGCCCCCCGCGCGCCGACUGGUACGCCGAGGACAUGGAGCCGCACGACAUCUCUUCUGGCGCAAGCAGCCGCACGAGCAGUCGCCCAAGCAGUCGCACGAGCAGCCGACAGUCCCAUCGAUCUGACGAGUCAACUGGAACGGAGAGUGGAAGUGAUAAUGUCCCUCCACUCCGCAGACACCCGUCAUUCAAGAGUCCUACCCUCAAGCGCCGGAUCCUACCUAGCGGCCCGACCUCCGCUCGCGGUGAGACAGAGCAACUUGUGAUCAAGCAGGCCGGGGAGGACUCGGGCAUGGAUACCAUUGAGGAGGAAUAG